GCGGCGGGCGGCGCCCACCGGGUGUGAAGGCCGCGCUGGCUGCGGUGUCGCCCUGGCCACGGGGCAGCCCAGGCCUGGGCAUGACGCUGCGAUUGCGGCUGCUGCGCUGCCGCCGGGCGGCGGGCGGGGAGCCCCGCUGCCUUGUCCGGCCGUGCCGCGAGGAGCGCGCAGAGCUGGUGGCCCCCAGGGAGCCUCGAGGGUGCGGCGCCAGGCCGCGGACGGGGGGGGCUGCUGUGACGGCCAAAUCCCUGUCAGGUGAGGAGCUUAGCACACAGCUGCUCGCUGCCCCGCUGCCCGGAGUGACGUGGAGCCGCCAGCGCCCCGAGCAUGCCGCCGAGGCACGAGCUCCCCAGCUGGACCUUAUUUCUGUCUGUCUGUGCUGUGGGAAUUGGAGGGACCUUUCAAUAUGGAUAUAAUGUUUCCAUUAUCAAUGCACCCACCCAGCAUAUACACAGCUUUUUAAAUGAAACCUGGACUAGUCGUUAUCACAAGAAGCUAAAUCUGAAUUUGCUGACUUUUCUCUGGUCUGUCAUUGCUUCUAUAUUUUCACUUGGAGGCUUGUGUGGAGCCCUUAUAGGAGGCAGCAUGGCAGUCCGGCUAGGCAGAAAAGGAGCUCUUUUGAUGAACAAUAUCAUAGCAAUACUGGCCUCCAUUUUAAUGGGAAUCAGUUUUCCUACAGGAAUGUUUGAGCUAUUGAUUGUUGGCAGGUUUUUGAUUGGCAUAAAUUCAGGUAUUGGGCUCUGUGUGCAGCCUCUAUAUCUUGGGGAGGUUGCCCCAAAACAUCUUAGAGGUGGUAUGGCCAUGGGCAGUUCCAUCUUUUUGACAGGGGGGAUUCUGGCAGGACAAAUAAUUGGUUUGAGGGAAUUAUUGGGUGGAGAAACAUAUUGGCCUUUGUUGCUAUCCAGCAGCUGUUUCCCAGCAUUUGCCCAACUUGUAUUCCUGCCAUGGUUUCCUGAAAGUCCCAGAUACCUUCUUAUUGACAGAGAUGAUGAGCUGAGCUGUGUCAAAGCUUUGAAGCAAUUUCAUGGCUCUUUACAAUAUCAAAUGGAGAUGGAAGACAUACAGCGGGAAUGUUUUGCCUUAGAUGGGGAGAAAUCCAAGAAACCCUGGCAAUUAUUCACUGAUCGUGGUGUGAGAUGGCAGCUCAUUACUGUGAUUGUUAUGACUAUGGGCCAGCAGCUCAGUGGCAUAAAUGCUAUUUAUUUCUAUGCAACUUAUAUUUUUAAACAAGCUGGGAUCUCAGCAGAAAAAAUCCCGUAUGUGACACUAGGCACUGGAGCCUGUGAAUGCCUCACAGCCCUCACCUGCGGCUUAUUGAUUGACUGUGUGGGAAGAAGAUUUCUCAUCAUUGGAGGGUAUCUGCUUAUGACCCUUUGGAGUAUUGUUUUAACAUUCUCCCUGACUUAUCAGGAACUAUACUCAUGGGUACCAUAUGUGAGCAUGACAUCUAUAUUUGCCUUCAUUUUGAGCUUUGGGUUGGGACCAGGUGGCAUAACAAAUACCCUGACAGCUGAAUUAUUUAUACAGUCUUCACGUCCUGCUGCUUACAUGAUAGGAGGAGCUAUUAGUUGGAUUAGUUUCUUCACAAUUGGAAUGCUCUUUCCCUUUAUAGUGAAUGGGCUGAAACAGUAUUGUUUUCUGGUGUUCUUAGUGGAAUGCGCCUUAGUUGCUGCUUUCAUCUUUGUCAUAAUUCCCGAGACAAAAAACAAAUCUUUUCUGGAAAUCAAAAAGGAAUUUCACAAGCUUAAUUUUGGAAGAAAUAAUAAAGAAAAGGAAACAGCUGUAUGAAGGAAGACAACUCCAUGAUGAAUUUAAAAAUAUUCUGUGCAACUUUACAGCAGUAACUAAUUAAUGAGAAUUAUGAAUAGUCUUCUGAAUUAGCUAUAACAAAAUGAACAAGGAGCUUAUUAACUGUUGUACAUGCAGCAGGAGUUUAAUUAAAAGACAGGUUAAUCUUU